AUGCUCAGAUUAACAAAUAGAUCGAUCGUCAAACAAUGUGCUAGCAGAGUGGCGUUUAAAAGGACCCUACAAAGUACUCCUUUUUACAUGACGAAGAAUGAUAAUUCAACGAUCGAUUCUUACAAAUUACCGUCUCAGUCUUCGAUAAAUGAAUGGGAAUUUAAAUAUGACUUCAUACCAAAGACCGCUGAACCAAAGAUUCCUCCGGUAACCCCGGAGGCAGUCAAACAAGACGUUGCUCACCAGAAGAAGGCUAACAUCGAAAAGGAAUUAUCUAACAAAGAGCAAGCAUCAUCAGUGAAAGUCGAAGCUAAUGCAGCUCAGGUUGUUCAUGGCGGCGAAUCUGUAGGAUCCGAGCCUGAAUUUAUACAAGAUAGGGGGUCUAAGCCAAUUGACGCUUCAAUCAGUGUUUCUUCAGCGAAAGGGAAACCAGCUAAUAGAGACAAAUAUAUCCAGAGUUCAGCUAAUCCCCACAUCAACAAAAAUGAAGUAGUGAAUUUGGGUGACAACGAAGUCGAUCACAAAACUUCUUCUGUAGAAAAGCAAACUCAAGUCGUUGAUGAUAUUGAACAUGACAAUUUGCAUACCUCCGAACAAAGCAGACAGGGCCCGAAGAAAAGUUCUAAUUCGUCCGCCGUUGGAAUCUCUUUAGGUUUGGGAGUUGCUGGAAUCGCAGGCUUCUAUUAUUACACCUCAUCUAACGAUCCAAAGAAAGCGGACAAAUGA